AUGACGAGACUCUUACUCGAAAAAGUCGUGCCCUACGAACACAAAUCCCUGACUUUGAAAAAAGCCGGAGAAUGUUUGGGAAUAUUGGGAAAAAUAUGGAAUUUAUCGGAACAUUCGUCUGCGGCGGCGGCGACGACGACGACGAACCCGAAUGUAUUCCCCCUUAACGAAUUGUGCGAUAAAGAAUCGGAAUGUAAACUCAUGGACAUGGAAGGCUACGUUGACGACUAUCAAUAUUUACACAUGGAAGCCAAAGACAUGUGUCUCACGGACGUGACCAUUCUACCAAAAUAUUUCGUCUGGUUGCUUUCCGUCGAUCUGUCGGGGAAUUUAUUAACGAACGAAACGUCUUGUCCCGUCACCAAACUUCCAAACAUUGUCGCACUCAAAUUGAACAGGAAUAAUUUCAACGAUCCUUACAUGCCCCCCAUGAAACACCUACAGUACCUCGGACUCAACAACAACAGGAUAAAAUCCUUGCACAGAAUAUAUCAUCCCAAUUUGGAAACUCUGGAUUUAAAUUAUAAUCACGUGAGAGAUGUGGAUCCGAGAGAUUGUUGGAAAUUACCCAAAUUAACGCAAUUGGAACUCCGCGGAAAUCUUUUACAAACGACCGAAGGAAUACAAUAUCAAUCUCUCGUGAAUCUUUACCUGGCACAAAAUAAAAUAACGGAAUUGAGAGGAUUUGAAAUUUUAAUCAAUUUAGAAAGGUUGCAUUUGCGAGAGAAUCCCCUUUCGGAUUUGACGGGAUUCACGAAAUCCAACGUCAAAUUGAAAUAUUUAAACGUGAGAAAGUGCGAAAUAGGAAACGUGGAAGAAUUUAAAAAAUUAUCCGUACUCGCGGGACUCAAAGAACUCGUGAUCAAAGGCAACGUUUUCAAUGCGGAACCGGGCGAAGAAGCACAAUCGGACGAAAACAACGAGAAUGAAAGUGAAAAUGAAGAACAAGAUGGAGGAAGAAGAGGAGCAGAAGAAGAACAAGAAGUGGAAGAGGAGGAAGGCAAAAGCAAACGAAAAAACAAAGGAAAUAAAACCGAAAACGAUGAUGAUUACGGUGUUGGUGACGGUGAUAAAACAAACGAAGAAUCGGAUAUGGAAGAAGAAGAAAUGGAAAACCGUUUAAAAAUUUUAAGUUAUUUACCCCAUCUCCAUAGAAUAGACAAAAGAAUCGUAACGGAAACGGAAAGACAAAUGAUGAGAGAAAUGAUUGAAGAUGAGGAAGAGGAAGAAGAAUAA